AUGUCGACCGUGCUUCCUGCCAGCCUGGGUGGCGACGCGCUCAUCAAGAACUACGUCGGCGCCGGCACGUGGGCAUUCAUCGAGGACAAGUUCACGCCGUUCGGCAAGGAGACGCUCGCCAAGGUGAUCCGCUUUAUGAUUGACGAGUGCAUCCCCGCAGAGAGGCUCUACCACGCCCAGGUGUCCACCGACCCGGCCAAGCGCUGGAAGGUGGUGCCCGAGGUGGUGGAGCAGCUCAAGAAGAAGGCCAAGGCACAGGGACUCUGGAACCUCUUCCUCUCCGCCAAGCACUACCCGGACGUCGGAUCGCCGCUCACCAACCUCGAGUACGCCGUGAUCGCCGAGAUGACCGGUCGAUGCUCGCACUUUGCCUCCGAGUCGCUCAACUGCGCCGCACCCGACACGGGCAACAUGGAGGUGUUUGCAAAGUACGGCAAUGCGCAGCAGAAGCAGACGUGGCUCACGCCGCUGCUCAACGGCGAGAUCCGUUCGGCUUUUGCCAUGACGGAGCGCUUCAUCGCCUCGUCGGACGCUACCAACAUCCGCACCUCGAUUCGUCAGGAGGGCAACGAGAUUGUCAUCAAUGGCCACAAGUGGUGGAUCUCGGGUGCGGGUGAUCCGCGCUGCGCCGUUCAUCUGGUCAUGGGCAAGUCGGACCCCGAAAACUCCAACACGCACGCCCAGCAGAGCAUCGUCAUUGUGCCCGCCAACGCGCCCGGCGUCAAGGUCAUCCGUCCGAUGACCGUGUUUGGCUACGACGACGCACCCGAGGGCCACUGCGAGGUGAUCUAUGAGAAUGUGCGCGUGCCGCUCAGCAACCUCGUGCUCGGCUGGGGUCGUGGGUUUGAGAUCAUCCAGGGUCGUCUGGGACCUGGACGCAUCCACCACUGCAUGCGCACCAUCGGCACGGCGGAGCGCGCGCUCGAUCUCAUGCUGGCACGCGCCACCGACCAGCGCAAGCGUGCAUUCGGCAAGAUGCUCUCGGAGCACGGCACGAUCGUCCAGAACAUUGCGUGGGCGCGCAUCAAGAUCGAGCAGUCGCGUCUGCUCGUCCUGUCCGCCGCCAACAUGAUCGACAAGACCAACGCCAAGGGCGCACUGCGCGAGAUCGCCAUGUCCAAGGUCGCGGUGGUCAAUGCAGCGCUCGAGGUGCUCGACAUGUCCAUGCAGGCCCACGGCGCCGAGGGCGUUUCGCAAGAUACCAUCCUGGCGUAUGCCUAUGCCCAGCUGCGUACGCUCCGUUACGCCGAUGGCCCCGACGAGGUGCACCUGCAGCAGCUCGGUAAGCUCGAACUGCGCAGGGCACCCGAGGUGUGGGAGAGGCUCAACAAGACCAACGCCAUCUCGGAAGGCUUGCUCGCCAAGAAUGGCCUCAAGUCGCACCUCUGA